AAUGGAUAUCAAAGGCAGAUUACUCCUCCUCCUCCCUCUCUUUAUAUCAGGUGCUCUCUCAGCUAACUUUACUUUCACAAACAAGUGCCCCUACACAGUCUGGCCAGCUACAUUGGCAGGUGGAGGAAAAUCUCAGCUGUCAUUAACCGGGUUCGAGCUAACCACCAGUUCUUCAUCAUCACUAUCUGUCCCAGCUGGAUGGUCCGGCAGAUUCUGGGCUAGAACAUUUUGCUCCACCGCCGGAAAUUUCCGCUGUAACACCGGAGACUGCAGCUCCGGUCAAGUAACAUGCAAUGGAGCCGGUGGUGCCAUACCAUCCACUUUAGUGGAAUUCACAGUAGGUGGUAAUGGUGGCCUAGAUUUCUAUGAUGUGAGCCUUGUUGAUGGUUUUAACAUCCCUGUGUCGGUAACACCACAGGGUGACAGUAGCUGUAACUCAACAAGCUGUGUUGCUAACAUCAACUCAAUAUGCCCACAUGAAUUGAGUGUUGUGGACCCUAAUGGAGCUAUAAUUGGUUGUAAGAGUGCCUGUAACACAUUUGGUGAUCCCAAGUAUUGCUGCACAGGUGAUUAUGGUAGUCCCGUGACUUGUCCACCAACGAAUUAUUCCAUGAUCUUCAAGAACAAGUGUCCUCUAGCUUAUAGUUAUGCUUAUGAUGAUAAGACGAGCCUGUUUACGUGCAUGGGUGCGAAUUACCUUAUCAUCUUUUGUCCUUGAGAAUGGAAUCCAUAAAGAAACUUGAUCUGAGAUGGGCUUGUUAGAUCAGAAGGAAUUUAUUAUAUGAAUGUUCUUCAGAUCAGAUUAUGUCUUAUUAAGAGAUGAA